AGUGGAUGGGAUAGCGUGCGCCAAGCCGAAAACAUUGGGCACACUGUCGCUAAACUGACGCCAUCGAAGAGUCGGGUUUGUUGAUUCGUAUGUUGUUGUGUUUGCGAAGUGGUUAUUCAUUUAGUUAAUAUUUCAUUCGGUGCGUUUGUAUUCAUUUUUUUAUUCCUAAUUUAGUUAUUAUACAUUAGCAGUGUAAUAUUUUAAUAAACUUCCAAUAUCCGUCAAUAGAGACUUGCUGCUGAUCGGUUAGAUUUUAGUUAUCGGUGUUGGCUGUUGUUAUGGGCGGAACGCUGAAGAAUAUUCACUGGUUCCAAACAGUACCGAACGCCAAUUGCUAAACCAUACUUAUAGGUAAACUAAAUCAAUAUAUACGUAAACGAUUUAUCUACGCUUACGGUCCAUGUGUGAACAUUUGUUUUGUCGUUCUAUUUACAUGUAUGUUUGCGCGUCUGCUAUGAUCCUUUAACGCGCUUUCCUGGUAUCUCCAUUAAUGUGCAUAUGGGCUCGUACAUUCUCCGAACAUCACUAUUCCAAUGUGUUUACCUGGUAGCUAAUCUUUAAAUAUAAUUACCAAUUUUAAAAUAAAUAGUUAAACAUUGUUGCUACAACACUUUGCUAGCCGCUUGACUUAUAUUCAAAAUUUGAAAUCAUGAUUUAGAAUUGAAAGUGAAGGGUUCCUACCUAUUAUAAUUGCAAAGAAUAUUAUCAAUGCCGUUGGUGUUUACUUGGUGGGUUGUUGUGUACCAUCCUAAAAUACCAUCUUAAAUACUAUGUUUUCCUUUCGAAAAGGAAAUAAUAUAAUAAGUAAAUUACUUGGAUAAAUAUAUUUAAACAUUCAUAUAUACUUGUGUGUUUUUUCCUUUUUAAAAUGAAAUUUAUGUUAGUUAUUUCUUAAAGUAUUAAAAAAAAAAACUAUUAAACAAGUGUUAUAAAAAUUAAUAAACACACUUUAUGUUACCUACCUAUGUAUUACUUGGUGUAUAGUAAUACACCAAGUUUUACAUACACACAUUUACAAGUGUAAUAAUUAUUAUCAAUUGGCUAACGUCACUAAUUUAUAUUUAACAAUCAAAGUAAUUAGGUAUCUAUUAGAUUUAUAAAAAAAAAUAAACUAAAAUGUCAUAAAUUCUUUAUAUACCUAUUUAUUAUAUAACUUUUUGUAUACCUACUUGUCAUUACAUUUUAAUACAAUUAUCUAGUCUUUUUUUUUUUUUCAUUAAUCAAAUAAAUAUCCUAAUUCAAGACAUACGAUACAAAUAUGUCUAUUGAUAUUUUAAUGAAUAUAAAAAAAAUCUCAAUGAUAUUAACUUUAAAGAAAUAUAAAAUAAUCAUAAAAUUAAAGAUAAGAUAAAUUGUUUGAAAAUAAAAUUCUUACGUAUAAAUAAAAUAUAUUAAAAUUAGUUGUGAGUUUCAACUAAUAUUAUUUUUGAUUUUGUAUAAUUUAUGUAUGGAAUUUCCAGUAUCUAUAAUUAUUUUUUAUUAAGUCAUUUGGUAAAUAUCAACUUUUAAACUACAAUUUUUAAUACUUUAAUUUAAUAUAAAAAUAUACAAGAAACUGUAAAUAUAAGUUAAGUGUUAUAUUUAUAUUUUCUUCUCUACUUCAUACUAACUAAUUGGGGUCGACCACCCUCAUCCUAUACUUCCACUUGACAUGGACUUAACAUUAUCCGCGCAUACACGCACAAUUAUCAUAUUCUCAAUCACAUCCAACCAUAUUUGUUUUCAGUUUUCUUUUCCUAAGUUUAUUUCUAUUACAAUUUUUUACUGCUUCAGAUUCCUCUACCCCCGUGACAUAUCCAAAUCAUCUCGUGUCUAUUUUCUCUCACUUUGUCUGUUAUUGAUGUCUAAUCUGCCUCUUAGGUGUGUAUUCUUUACUAUAUUCUCUUGUCACUACUUAUCCACCUAUGUAUUCUCAUCUCAGUUACACUCAGGCCCGGCAGAAGGCACAGGUAACACAGGCCUAUGCCUGGGGGGGCAUUUCCUUAGGCAGGGCCGUAUUUAAGAUAAUAUGUUGUAAUAAGAACAUUUAUUAUUUUAAAGUACUUAAAUUUUAACGAAAAUGUGGACUAUAUAAAUGUACUAUGGCUUAAACCCAAAGUACACGUGAAUAUGUUUGAUGAUAUGGUUAAGGGAAAAGGGGUAAAUAGAGAGAUUAAAAACGAAAGGGCGUCAAAUUUUGAUUUUGCCUAUGUUUACAUUUUGUUUAGAGCUGGCCCUGGUUACACUCAUUCUUUGUUCUAUUUUUCUCCGCCUAACAUUCCAAACCGUACAGUAUUGUUUGCCAUGCUAUACUCUUGUAGAACUUACAUUUAAGUCUAAUUGGAAUUAUCUUGUCACAUAAAACACCUGACAUUUCUCUCCACUGUAUCAGACCUUAUUGAAUCCUUUAUUUCACAUCCUCGUCAAAGCCAUCAUUCUUUUGUACGAAAGAUCCUAAGUACUUCAACUCUCAAUCUCGCCUAUUAUGUCAACACUUAUUGUCAUUAUGUGUCUUCUUUUGUUCCUUCAAAUUCGUACGCUGUUUUAUUUCUACUUAUCCUUAGUCUCUUAAUUUCAAGUGCUACUCUCCAUUCCUAAAGUCUAUAGUUAACUCCUUACAGAUUUCCUCCUAUUAAAACUAUAUUAUUUAACAACCAUCAUAUUAAUAUAUUUUUUUUUGACUGUUUUAUAAUAUUAAAAGGUCACUUGCUAUAUUUUAAUUAGAUGGUGUUUCAUAUCAUAAAAUAUAAUUUGUUGUUGUUUACAUUUUUAAUUGUUGAUUAUAAAAUAAAUUAAUAUCUUAAAAACGUAAAUAAUAUAUAAUUUUUAAUUGAUAUUUAUAUAAUAUUAUAUAAUAUAAAAUUUAUAAGUAUAUGGUGUCUGGUACAUUUAUUUAAGAUAAAUUCUUAUCAAUAUUUAUGUUAUAAAUUUAUUUCUGUAAUAGAAUAAUAAUUACAGUCAUUAAUUUUUUCUAUACCUGUUGCUGUACAAACAAAAAAUAUUUAUUUAUUUUAAGAUAUCAAAUGCAGGUAUAUUUAAGUCUCCAUAACUUUACCAUAAAAUAAAGUCAUAUGUUCAAUAAUUUUAUUAUUUAUUCCAUAUACCUACAUUUUAUUGCUCUAAUAAAAAGUCUUUAAAAAGUUAGUUUUAUUUUUAAAAAAAAAACCUUUUAAUUCAUUCAAUUAACUUCAUUUAAAAUAUUUAAGUACCAAAUUUUUUUUAAAAAAAAUAAGUCAGUAACAGUAUAACUAUAUUAGUAUGUAUAAUUUUAGUUAUCUUUUAUUAUUACUUAAAUUUUCAAUACAUGUUCAUUCUUUAAAAAGCAAUAACUGUUGUUGUUUACUUAUAUUAAGUUUCACUAAAAAACUUAGGUAAACAUGAUAUAACAGAAUAUGUUGUACAAAGGAUUAUAUUUAUGAAGUAUUAAAGAUCACUAAAAUAAAAUUGAUAUAAUUAGAACUAUACGUGUAAAAGCAUCUAAUAUUAAUUUAUAAUUUGCAGAUUGAUUUUUACUUAAUAAAAAUGAAUAGUAUUGGAGCUAUGAGUUCUCCAGUAAAGCAGUCUAUGCCAACAGUAUUGGCUCCUCCGACUAUUUCAAAUUCUUCCCCUUCUAAAGUACAACAACCACCGAAUUUAACACCAUUGAAUUUAAAUACAACAUCUCAAUCAGUGCAACCUUUGAGUCUUGUAAAUGAACAUAAAAUGGCACCAAUUGUUAUCCCUCCACCUGUUAUGACGUCUGUUGAAAAUCUUGUUCAAAAAUCAGCUUCUUGUAAUGGUAUACCCGACGUUAAAACAAUUGGAGAAAAAUUUGGUGAAGCCUUACCAAAAAUUGAAUCUCAAAUACCUUACAAUCAAGUGAAUAAUUCUGUUAAUGAUAAAAAUGCUAAUGAAUCAUCUAUUUCUGGUGUGAAAUCUGAAGUUGAGAAUUUAUCUCAAAAGAAGGAUGAUAAGAAUAACUUGUUAAUUAGUCAAACAGAUAAAGGUUUUUCAGAAGUAGGAACAUCUGCUAAAUCACCUAAAUCUGAAAAUGUAGUUGCCAAACACAAAGAAAAUGAUAAUAAAAUCAAUCAAGAAUCAGCUGAAGUUCAAGCUGCAGUGCAAACAAAUCAAGGGCAGACUGCUUCUCCUGAAAAAACCGAACAAAUAGCACCAAACACUUCAAAAGGUGCUGUACGCCGGAAAAGGGAACACAAAGUAAUCUAUGUUAAUACUAUUAUUUCAGUUAACUAAUUUAGUGAUUCUAUAAUUAAACACAAUUAAAAGCCAUGGUUAAGUGUCAAACCUAACUUCAACGAGUAGCCCAACUAUAUUUAUGUAAAAAAAAAAAAGUAAUAAUAACUUUAGGUUGAUUACAAAUCAAUUGACUUGUAUUUCCAGUUUUAUCUAAAUUAAUUUGAUUUUAUUUAACAAAAGUAAUAAAUUGCCCAAUAAUAUUUAGGGUUUCUAUGAUUAUUUUUUAAUUGAAUAGCAAAAACAAAAUUAAAACCUUUAUUUUCCCCAUUGCACCAAUUAGAUAAUAGGUAAUUACGACCUUUGAAAUCAUUUCCAAAAAGUUUUGUUAGAAAAAUUAUUCAGACAGAAAAAAGAAAUACAUUUCUCAUACGCUUAGUAUCUAAAAAAUUACUAAUUUAUUUUAUUUUAAAGCAAUUGGAGGAAGAAGACCAAGAAAAAAAAGAAAGAGCAAUGAAAAAGGAGGUACCUGCUGAAGAAAUUAAAUCUAAACGUACCAGACUUCCUACUCAACCUUUUCAAUUAUCUUUGCCACCAGAAAUGCAUCUUAUAUCCAAAAUCACUGAAAAAUCAGCAUCUCCAAAAGUGAAUACUGAAAAAUUAACUGUAUUUUACAAGUAAUAUUUUAGAUCUAUAUAAUAUUAAAUUAUAAAUUUUAAUUAAAUAAAAUUGUUUUCUGUUAAUCAGAAAUGAAUUUUUGGCUGUUCGAAAUGAAGAUGGUGGGUUUUACUUAUGCCAGGCUAUGCAAAAUAUUCACAGAGCUAGUCGUCGAAUUCGUAUCCGGUGGUUAACUCAACAUCCUAAUGAUGAAUUCACACCAGAUUUUUAUGAUCAUACAGGUUAAUACAUUUUUAUUUUUGUAUUUUGAACAUGUGUACUACAAUAAAAUCACUUCUAAAACAAUAUUUAUUUUUUUGGUAUGGGUAGGUGUAUCAUAGUGUAGUUUAAAAUUUACAAGACUAUAUUAUAUUAUAUUUGAAUGUAAUAAACCUUCUGUUUAUAUAUAGUUCAUAGUAAAGUUAUUAUAUCUCUAAAAAAUUUUUUAUAAAUUAAGAUAGUCUUGAAAUAUAUUUUUUUUUUCAAAACGAGCUCACUAAGUGUAUGUACCAAUAUUCAACACAUAUUUAACUAUAAAUAUAACUCCAUAUUUGGUAAUUUUCUGUAAAUUUAGUUGUUUUAUAAAAAAAUUCAGUUUGCAAUACACAUUAUUUAAAAUUAGAACAAAAAAUAGUAUUGUUCAUCUGGCAUUUUCUGAAAUUAAAGAGUAAUAAAACAAUAGCUCCUCUCCUGACUUAAACUAUGUUUAAAAAUUGUUAUUAUACUGAAUUAUUCAAUUUAAUUAAUCAAAAAAAUCUUAAUAAUCUAUAUUUUACAGAGUUUGAUUGUAUAUUAACCAAUAUAACUUUAAAAAAAAUUCAAAAAGAACAAUGGAAACUUCCUGAAAAAGAAAAAUUAAGAAUUGAAAAUAUUUUAAAACGAUCUAUUGAUGUGGAAAAGGGAUCAGAAAAACCUUCAGUGACUGAAGAACAUCCAGAUGGUUGUAAGUACAAUAUUGAUUUAAAUAUUUUAUAUAUUAUAUUCCUGUAAUUUGAAUCUAAAAUGUAUUGUAUUUUAUAGUGGAUGUAAGUUUAUAUAAAGAUGAAGCUCAACUAACUAAAAAAAAAGGAAGCAAGAAAAUUGUUACUCCAAAAAGAAAGGGAUCAGUAGAUGAUCAACAACAACCAGUAAAAAAGUCAUCCAGAUUGUCAAAGAAAAAACCUUCUUAUGAUUUUGGACAUUCGUCAUCUGAAAGUGAUGAGGUUGAUGGUAAAGAUGACAAUAGUAACAAGAAAAAAUCUUCAAAUAAAAAACUUGUGAAAAAAAAAGUUUCUGUAAAAGAGCCUACAAAGAAAUCAACAGUUAAUGUAACUAAACCAAAAACAUCAACAACGAGAAAAACACCGGCUCCUGUAAAACCAACUUAUGUGCUUGCAUCUGUUUCAUCAGCAUUGAAAAAAAGAGAAAUAACAGCUACAAAGCAAAAAAAAGAAAUCGGUGUUCAAGAAAAAAAGUCUUCCAAAAAAGUUGAACCUAAGACUCCUGCUGUUCCGCUUCCUUCAGAGAGAUCGUCAAAAACUAGAAGUAAAACAAUUUUUUAAUUGCAGCUAUAGUAAUUUUGUGUAUUUUUGUCAAAUUAUCAAACAGUUAAACAGAGUAAAAAAAGUUAUAGUUUUCCAGUUAAAAUUAAAUUUUAUUAUACAAUAUCCAUACUAUAAUAUUUGUAUAAAACAUCCUUUUACAACAAAGAUUUGAUACCUGAAAUAAAUUGUUCUGUUUAAUAUUUUAGAUUCUUAGCGGUGUGAGAAAUAUAUUGGUUAUACAAUGAUUUGUAUUAUUUUUUAUAAUGUACAAAGUUUUGCAUCAAUGUAUCUCCUUUUCUGGUUAGGUUAAGGAAAGUUAUUUUCCAAGCAAAUUUCAUAAUAAUUAGCAAUACAUUUUAGGACAAUUGGGAAAAUUUACAAAAAUAAUACUUUAUUAUUUUUAAUUCUAAAUUUAUUAUUAUAAUUCAGUUCAAAUUGUGUGUAGAUUUAUAAUUUGGACAGAAAAUGUAUAUUUGUCUUUUUUUUUUAUAAAUGUAACAUUUUUUUUAAAAAUUAUCCAUUGUGCUAUAUAAAGACAUGUUAAUUUUGCGAGUUUUUACUUAACACUUAUUUGGUAAGUAUUGAGUGGUUAAAAUUGUUAGACCAACAAAAAUUCUUGACAAUUUAACAUGAGGCUCAUUAUAAAUUGCACUUAGUGAUUAACAAGAACAAGUUGAGUUUAAUAUAGUUUUUUUUUUUUUCAUUAAAAUUUUAAUAAAUAAACAAAAACUGUAAAUAUUUUAGCCUUUUAAAACAUGUAUAAUCCAACUUCUCUCAGAAUAGUUUUUCGUUAGUAUUGAUGUUGUGUAUGGAUAUACAUUUAAAUUUUUCUUUACUUCCUUAACUUUCCAUCUACAACAAUUGUGAGGUUUACCUGGUUUUUCAAAAUGCUUAUAAUAAUUUCAAGAGCCUAGCAUUAUGAUUACUCUUAUUUUAUAGUUUAUAAAUAUAUUUAACUUCAAAAAAUAUGAAACUGAACAAAAGUUUUUUUAGGUACCAGAUCUUUGUGUUACACCCUAUGUAUGGAUUACUGUCAAAGCAAAUGAAAUUUAAUUUAGCCACAGCUUUUUUGGUGUAUUUACUACUUCAUUUAAAGUUUAAUAAAUUUGGUUUCCCAAAUUAAUUUUAAAUACUAAUCGAUAGUAGAUUUGGUAUAGUUAAAACAUAAAUAAAAGUAUGUUAAGAUUAUUGUCCUGAAAAAUAAAUCAAUUCUGAAUAGAAAUUUAGUAAACAUUCAGCUAUACUGAUAUUUUUUUUACCUUCAAUGUUCUCUCAACAAAUAAAUCCAAGCACAAAGAACAUAUACUUUCAUGUUUGGCUCAUAUUCUAAUCAUUCAGUCAUAUUUAGAUGUGUGUAUAUUGGUAAAUUAUAAAUAUCAAGUAGUUUCAUAAAUGUUUUAGUAGCUAACAAUAUAAUAUUUUAUAUGUAUUGCUUUAAUUAACCUACUAACACAUCAUAAUUUAUGAUUUUGAGAUAAUAUGUUGGUAAAGAAAUCAGAUUUAUAAAUCACAAACUAUAUAUCUAUUUUAUUACAAUACAAUAUUUAACUCUUUUAUUAUUGUUAUUUUACAAUGACCAGUUAACCUAUGUGGACCAAUUGAGAUUAUUGUUAUAUCGGUCUAAUUAAAUGAGUUUUACUUUGUUGUGGUUUAUAAGUCUUUGAUAUUUUACCACAUCACAGAUUUAUAAUUGACACUAAACUUAUGCUUUGCCAUUUUGCAGUGGGGAUGACAAAUAAUCCUUUCGCAUCUCACAGUGAGUGCUUUUCAGAUACAGUCAAAAUGGAUUUUAUAUUUUGCAUAAUUCAUACAUGUUUAAGAUUUUUCAUGAAUUGUUUUUUUUUCAUUAUUAUUCUAAAUGUUGAUUUCAAAUUUUUUGUAAUCAAGAAUGUCAAUUAUAACAUAUAAUAUUUUUCAGAUGCUGGAAAUGCUGUUUCAGCAAAAAUAACUACUGCUGGUAUUGGUGUAGUUAAAAGCAACCCUAAGGAUCGAAAAACAUUAAGGAAUCGUAAAUGAUGACUAACAUAAUAAUUAAUUUUGUAAGUAAUGUAGUCUACUACUUGUUUGAACAAUAUUUAAAAUAAACACUUCAGUUUAAUAAUAAUAACAUUAUUAUUAAUUAAUUUAGUUCUGAUAUUAUUUUUGCAAGAAUGUAUGUUAAAAAGUAUAAACAUAACCAUAUCACAAAUUGUUUUAAAGUGUGUAUAUUUACACAUUCUUGUUUGACUUUUAUAAUUUUAUACUUUUUUCGUUUAUUAUGUUUAUUAAGUUUUGAAUAACUCGGGUAGCUAAUAUAAUUAAAUUUCAAAUUAAUUAGAUAUUGCCUUAUUAUUAGGUAGUUAAAAGUUGAGUGAUUGUUUGAUUUUUUUUUUUCAUGAUAAUAUGUUUUAUAACAUUAAAUUGUUUCAUUUUUAAUAUAUUAUAAUAAUUUAUCUUUGUAAAAUGUCAAUGUCAAAAUGAAAUCAAACCUAUUUGAACUUGCUCACAAAAUUCUAAACCAUUUUCCAUUUUCAAGCUUAAAUAUAUUAUUUGUAGGUUAUUUACUUUGUAUAUACAAUAUUAUAUAUUUUUCAAUUUAAUAUUAUUUAGUUUCUAUAAUAUAGUUUGAUAAAUCGUAAUUUAUUUAAAAAUAAAAAUUAUUCCAGGUAAAUAUAUUAUUUUCAUAGCUUAUGAAUAAACUCAUUAUCUACUAGCUUAUUAUUUUUUGACAUUGGCAUUUUUAUAUACAAAUUACUUUAAAUUAGUUUCAUAACAAUUUUAUAUUUUUAAUUUUUAAAAUUUGUAUAAUUUUUUAUUAUUAUAAUUAGAAUAACAGAUAUGCACAAAGUUCUAAAAUAUAAUAACUUUGUAUUCCUUUCCUUUCGCACAAAAAUACUUACUUUCAUGAAUAAUUUAUUACUUGCAGUACAAUUCAAUUUAAUAUACAAACGAAAAUUGUAAACUCCACAUAAUAAUGUAUUGUACAUACGAAUUAGGAUAAUAUAGCCAAUAAUAUAUAUUUAUAUAAAUAUAACUAUUUAUGAAUAAUAUUAGAUUAAAUUUCUAAUUUGUAUAUUUAUUAGUUAUGUAAGUCUUAAAAAAUUAUUGAUUCGAGUGACGUGGUUUUGCCAUAUUUGCAAUAUCAUAAUAUUUGUAUUUUGUUUGUGUGUUGUAAAUAACCAGGAAUCUAAUAUUCUGGUGUUUGUGUCAACCUGCUUUGAUGUUGUUUAUAAAUUUAUUUUGAUUUUAAUACCAAUAGUAGGUAUGCACACAUUAGAUAAAAAAUUCAAUAUUUAUUUACCAACCUUUUGAUUAUAUUAAAAAAAAAAUAAUACAAAUAUAUAUAUACAAGAGUUAUAAUUGUAAAUAUUACAAAUUUGAUUAAUUAUUUUAAGUGAAUUUAAAAAUAUAUUCAAACAAUUUAUUGUAAAAUUUAUUAUCUGUGUUUUACAAUUAAUGAGUUUACUUUUUAGUGUUUUGUCAACAAAGAGUUCAAAUUAAACUUUGAUACUUUAGGAACAUUUCUUAUAGUCAAUGAUAUACGUUUAUUUCUUAUUAAUGAACCUCCAUUAUUUAUGAGUGAUCCACAAACUUUUAAAUUGGAAAUUCUAUCAUCAAUAAUAUCAUUUUUAAUCUCAUCAAUACCAUGCAUAUACUUGUUGUACAUAUUUUCCUGUAAAACAAGUAGACUUCUUCUUUCUAAUAACAAACUGUAUGCUUUGUCGAUUGACUCAACUUCUUCUUCAACCUACAAAAUAU